AUGGGUUGUUUGUUGUACCUGGUUGCUUGCGUGCAGGAUGUGGGGUAUCCCCUGCCGCCGCUGGAGUACGACAGCACGCUGCUCUCAACGGCCAUCGGCACAAUGGGCAACACCAUGGUCAACUACAGCACCCCCAUCGAUAACAACCACAUCCGCCUCCCGUAUGCUCCGCACCGUGCCCCUCUCGCUGCGUGCCACUCGCCGCAUCCCUCUCGCUGCAUGCCACUCGCUGCAUGCCACUCGCCGCACCCCUUCAACCUCGCUCUUCUAGUGUAUCCGUACUAUGUGGCGCUCAAGCUGGGGUUGCAGAAGCAGGAGUUCAGCAUGGCGCUCAACCUCGCUGUCUCCCACACCUUCGUGCCCUGCGACUGCCUGCACUGCGGCACCUCGCGCAAGGGGACGCCCAGCAGCAAGCCCUUCAGCACGCUCGCCUCCACAACCCUCAAGUACAUCUCCUGCGUGGACCAGCGCUGCAUGGGGGGCUCUGACUAUGGCACCUACGGCUGCAACACGGAGGGGCUCCCCAACUACCUCAACACCACGGGCCUGCUGCCUGGGGACGACGCCCUGUGUGUGUACAAUGCGAAUGCAGCACGCUACGACUACUAUGAAGCUGACGCUGUUGAAGGUUCUUCUUACCUUCAGUCAACGGGGCAUGUGGUAGAGGACACGGUCUACCUCACUGCACCUGAUGGUACCGAAGUCAACCGAUCCAUCGUUUUUGGCUGUGGAGUGAACCAGAAGGGCUACUGGGGCAUGCAGGGGUGGCAGUACGGCUCGUGGGCGGCAGGAGGCGUGCUGGGGCUGGGGUGGUACAGCCCCUUCCUCUAUGAGCUCACCGCCAUUGAUGCCCCAAGCUCCUUCGCGAUGUGUCUGGAGGAGCCGAUGCCGACAAACAAGACGGGGUGGGAUGGCAAGGUGCCGCUGCAGACAGGCAGCAGCCAUCUCACCAUCGGAGCCACCGGCCUCCCUGCCGGCGCCAGCUACGCCUCCUUGCUUUACCUGGCCGGAAUGCAGUACAGCCACAUCACACUCACCACGGCUAAGCGCGCCCUCAACAUCACAGACGACCCGGCCUACGUAGACCCAGGCUCCUAUCUACAUGCGGAUUUUCCAAAGAACGCCAUGCCGGGUUUCCUCUUCAUGCCCGAGUCCUUCGUGCAUCUCCUGCGCUACCCUCUCUUCAUGAGCCUGGUCAACGCGGUACGUGCUCCUCACCCUGCGUCUGCCUGCGUGUGCCUGUGCCUGCCUGCGUGUGCCUGUGCCUGCCUGCGUGUGCCUGUGCCUGCCUGCGUGUGCCUCUGUCUGUGCCUGCGUGUGCCUCUGCCUCUCCAAGUGAUGACAGGCCACAACAUGUCUGCAGAGGAUGACAGUGUUUUCCGGCUUCCAUGCUUCAAGAACGGGAACAGUGCAGAGGAUCCGUUCACCACCUUCCCCACCAUCGACAUUGCUUUCUUCAGUCUAAACAGCACCAAUGCCACCGUCCACUUCUAUCUCAAGCCGCGCGAGUACCUCGCCCAGGUUUCAGCUUCUGAAUACUGCGUCUUGGCCACCAAUACCCCUUCCAAAGAAAACUCUAUCAACCUCAUUGGAGUCUCUCUCGUCAUCCUUGUCUCUCUCGUCGCCCUUGUCUCUCUCGUCGCCCUGGUCUCUCUCGUCGCCCUUGUCUCUCUCGUCGCCCUUGUCUCUCUCGCCGCCCUUAUCUCUCUCGUCGCCCUUAUCGCUCUCGCUGCUGUCGCCCUCGCUUCCUUAGAUUCUCCCGUCCCUCCUGUCCCUCUUGUCGCUUCCGUCCCUCCCGUGGCCCACGUCGCUCCCGUCGCUCUCUUCCCUUCCCUUCCCUUCCCUUCCCUACGCCCAGUUACCCCCCUUCCCUACGCACAGUUACCCCCCUUCCCUGCGCGCAGUUACCCCCCUUCUCUACGCGCAGUUACCCCCCUUCCCUACGCGCUGUUACCCCCUUUCCCUAAGCGCAGUCUCCCAUUCCCUUCCCACGCCAUCCGUCCCUCUUCCUUCGCUCUCAGCCUCAAGCCUUCCUUCCUUCACCACGCCACUCCUCCUGUCCCUCUCCCAUGCCUCCCUUCCCUCUGUCUCACUUCCCUUUUUCCCCCAUUGGUUCCCCCUCCCACUCCUCCCUUGCAUCUCGUCUCCCUUCCUCUCGUCUCCCUCUGCCUCUACUCUCUCGUUGCAUCAAGUGCUGAAUUUUUCCUGUCCUUUCUGCCUUUCUCCUCCCUUCCUUCUCCUUUUCUUAUCUCCUCCGUUCUUUUUGUACCCAGUUUUCUCCUUUCCUCUUCUCUCCUUCCUUCCCUCCUCUUCCCCCCCCCCUUACCUGAUUCCCCGACACUCCCCCUUCCUCUCCCUCCACGCUUCUCGCCCUUAUCCCCUCAGCCCCUCUCCUCCUUUCCCUCUCAGCCCCUCUCCUCUUUUUUCUCUCAGCCCCUCUCCUUCUUUUCCUCUCAGCCCCUCUCCUCCUUUCCCUCUCAACCCCUCUCCUCUCAUCCCCUCUCCUCCUUUCCUCUCAGCCCCUCUCCUCACCCUGCUCACUCACACACCCUGCUCACUCUAUACUCGCUCACUCGUCCUCUGCUUAGGCCCCCGCGGGCGAUGGGAGGGGGAUGGGAGGGAGAUGGGAGGGGGAUGGGAGGGGAAUGGGAGGGCAAUGGGAGGGGGAUGGGAGGAAGUUGGGAGGGCGAUGGGAGGGGGAUGAAAGGGGGAUGGGAGGGGGAUAGGAGGGGGAUAGGAGGGGGAUGGGCGGGGGAUGGGAGGGGGAUGGGAGGGGGAUGGGCGAGGGAUGGGAGGGAGAUGGGAGGGGGAUGGGCAGGGAAUGGGAGGGGGAUGGGAGGGCGAUGGGAGGGGGAUGGGAGGGGGAUGAAAGGGAGAAGGGAGGGCGAUGGGCGGGGGAAGCGAGGGCGAUGGGCCGAGGAAGCGAGGGCGAUGGGUGGAUGCGAGAACGACGGGUGGGGGAAGUGA